GAAUAGUUAUUUUGAGGUAGUCUUUACAGCACAUAGAUACUGAUCAAGACUUUGUACCUGUAAGCAGAACAAACCGUUCAUUUUAAUUUCGCAAGUUAUAUUUAAUGCAAACUCAAGGGAGCUUCACAGUAUUCAACUGGUAGCAACGGCACUCACUGUAAGACCCAAUUGUCUUCCAUUUCAGCAACAGCAUCAAGACAACUCUCACCAGAGAAAACAUGGCUGUCCCUGGUAAAAAGGCACCACAGAAAUUAUCUUCAACCCUGUCUCAAGGUUCUGGAGAAGAUUUUGAAGUUUUCUGUCAGCCAUGCGACAGAGAUGACCUCAGACUACCUGCCGUCGGGUACUGUGAAGAUUGUGAAGAGCAUUUGUGUGACUCGUGCUUUAACACCCACAGGAAACCAAAACCAAUUCGACAUCAUAAACUUCUAGGUAAAGACAACAUUCCACGCACUCAAAAUCUGUCUACAAUGUCUAGUUCUACUAAUGUUGGACAGCCAGAUGAUCUUUCAACUCCUUGCUCUAAACACACAAAAGAAAUGAUCAAGUUCUACUGCCGUGACCAUAAAGCACUUCUAUGCAGUGUAUGUGUGAGCCUUCACCAUACCCGCACAUCUUGCCUGGUCGACUACAUACCUGAUAUAUCUGGACACACCAUUGACGGCACUGAGUUCAAAGACACUCUUACAUGUCUUAACAAAAUAACUGAGGAAUGUCAUACUAUUACAGCAGAUCUGAGGCGAAUGAUUGCAAAAUCAAACACUUCCUUGACAGAUGUUCUUGCAGAAAUAAAGGAGUUCAGGGACGACAUUAACUAUAGGUUUGAUGCACUUGAAGAGGAAGCUUCAGAUGCAGCAAAUGCCCUAAAACAAGAGAAUGACACCAAGUUGAAGACCAUAGAUAAAACAUGUGAUAAUGUCAGUAAAGAUCUGAAAGCAUCAUCUGAUAUAAUAAAACAACUCAACACAACCAAGAAAGCAGACAGACUUUUCACUGAGCUAAAAAAUGCUGACCAACUAAUCCGAGAUAAUGAAAAAAGAAUGUUGCAAGUAAAAUCCACUGGAGUUACAAAAGAAUAUAUAUUUAUUCCAAGUAAUGCCAUUCAAUCACUUCUUCAAAACGAGAAGUCACUUGGCACAUUAACAGCUAAAACACUAUCAAGGAUAAUUUCUCAUACAAACAUCUGUGCCAAGACAUCAUCAGAUGGAGGAGAUUGUUGCAUUACAGGAAUUGCAGCUUCUUUUCAAAACCAAAUAUUUCUUGCAGACUACAACAAUCAUUCAAUUAAAAUGGUAGACAUCAAUACUCAAUCUAUUCAACAACUGAGUCUAGUUUCACAGCCAUGGGACAUCACCACAACCACCAGAGAUGAACUUGCUGUCACAAUGCCAAGUAACAAAACAAUACAGUUGAUAUCCUAUUCCUCAAUCAGACUCUCUAAGAAAAACACACUUAAAGCAGAUGGAUUGUGUUAUGGUAUUAGUAACUGCCAGGGGAAAUUUGCAGUAACAUUUCAGAGACCUGCAAAACUGCAAAUCAUCGACUUGAAAGGCACUGUACAAUCAACAGUCAUAACAAACACAAAUGGUGAAAAUAUUUUCAAACAUCCAGAAUAUGUCACUAGCAACAGUAAUGCUAUCUAUGUAUCUGACUGUGAAAUGAAAGCGGUUAUAUGGUUGAACUGGCAAGGAAGACUUAUGGGUAGUUAUGGAGGGAUAGAAUCUCCACGAGGUCUUGCCAUGUUAGAUGAUGGAUCAUUCUAUGUGAGUGAUAUGGGAAAAUGUAACAUACUCAAUGUAACUGGUGACUGUAAAGAGAGUACAACCGUACUGAAGGAUUUAGAUCAUCCAGUGGCUAUUUGCUGGUGUGAUGCAACCAAAACAUUUUAUAUCUGUAGUAUCAGUAAUGACGAAAGAAAAAUGAACAUUAUUCAAAUCUACAAGAGGUCAUAAUACAGAGAACUGAUUUUCGUCUGAUAUAACAUCAGAGUGCAAAAAAACAUCAACUUUUAGAUAAUGUUACAUUUACCCAAGAAAUAACAACAAGUUUGGAUAGAACUCCAGACUCAACUAUUGAAUUAGUGUGCUGACCACAGUUAUAUACAUUUGACUUCAUUGUACAUAAUUUCAUGAAAGUGUACAUAUAAAAAGAAGCAGUCGAUUCAUUUAGUUUUUUACCUCCAUUGUUUACAUGUUUAAAAUAUAUCCAAACAGUUAUAAACUAGUGUAUCAUGCAGUGUUCACAAUAGCUACUGAUAAUAUUGUUUAUUUACAUAUGUUGGAGAACAAAAUAUCCCUAAAAGACAGAAAUGUUUAUGACUAGGAACUCCUAUUUUAAAUUAUUGAAUAUUUUAACUGCUCUACAGUGUACUUUGUGUGACAAUAUGGAAAGGAACAUUAGCAUUUUCUAAAUAUU